GCCAUCAGCUGCUCGUGGUGCAAACAGGCUUACCACAACAAGGUUUCUUGCUUCAUGCUGCAGCAAAUUGAGGAAGCUUGUCCAAUGGGUGCUCAUGCUGCCCUCAUAGUUCCACCCACAUGGAUAAUUCGGGUCAAACGCCAUCAGUCAUCGAUGAAGUCCAGCAAAAAGAAAAAGAGAACAUCGUUCAAGAGGAAAAGCAGCAAAAAAGAGGACGGGCGGCAGUGGAAGCCAUUCAUAAUCCGACCCAUCCCAUCACCACUUAUGAAACCCCUGCUUGUGUUUGUCAAUCCCAAGAGUGGAGGAAACCAGGGCACUAAGAUUUUGCAGUCCUUCAUGUGGUAUCUGAACCCCAGACAGGUGUUUGACCUGAGCCAAGGAGGACCAAAGGAGGGUUUGGAGCUGUAUCGUAAAGUCCAUAACCUAAGGAUACUGGCCUGUGGAGGAGACGGCACUGUGGGUUGGAUCCUAUCCUGUCUUGAUGAACUGGCAUUAACCCCCCAGCCUCCGGUUGCUGUGUUACCACUUGGGACAGGAAAUGACCUUGCUAGGACCCUUAACUGGGGAGGGGGCUACACGGAUGAACCUCUGUCUAAGAUCCUGUCUCAUGUGGAGGAGGGAACAGUUGUUCAGCUAGACAGGUGGAACCUCCUGGUUGAACCAAACCACAGUGCAGGGGCUGAGCCAGAUGAACAGCAAACUGAUAAGCUUCCUUUGGAUGUUUUCAACAAUUACUUCAGCCUUGGAUUUGAUGCCCACGUGACUCUUGAAUUUCACGAGUCGAGAGAGGCCAACCCAGAGAAGUUUAACAGUCGUUUCAGGAAUAAGAUGUUCUACGCUGGGACGGCAUUCUCAGAUUUCCUGAUGGGAAGCUCCAAAGACCUGUCAAAGCACAUCAAGGUGGUGUGUGAUGGGACAGAUUUAACAUCAAAGGUUCAGGACUUGAAGCUACAGUGCCUGGUCUUCCUCAACAUCCCCAGGUAUUGUGCAGGCACCACACCGUGGGGUAACCCCAGUGAGCAUCAUGACUUUGAACCUCAACGCCAUGACGACGGAUACAUCGAAGUUAUCGGAUUCACGAUGACUUCACUGGCUACUCUUCAGGUUGGAGGUCAUGGUGAGAGGUUGAACCAGUGCAGAGAAGUGAUCCUCACCACUACUAAACCUCUCCCGGUGCAGGUGGACGGUGAACCUUGCAGACUUGCUCCAUCAGUCAUCCAUAUCAGCCUCAGAAACCAGGCCAAUAUGGUUCAGAAAACCAAACGGCGAACCUCUAUACCACACCUCAACGAUCAGCAGCCGGUCCCGGAGAGGCUGAGGAUCAGAGUCAGCCGGAUCAGCAUGAGUGACUACGAGGCUCUGCACUACGACAAGGACAAACUGCGGCAAGCAUCCAUUCCUCUGGGACUGAUCGUGGUUCCUGGUGACAGUGACUUAGAGACCUGCAGAGAACACAUCCAGCGAUUACAAGAGGACUUCUGCUCUCUUCAUCCUAUACCUGUGGGACUGCAGGAGGAGGCAGCCAAGCCGAAGAAUCUUUGCUCACAGAGAUUGUCUCCAAAGUGGUGUUUCCUCGACUCCACGACAGCCGAUCGUUUCUACAGGAUAGACCGAGCACAGGAACAUCUCAACUACGUAUCAGAAAUCUCCCAGGAAGAGAUCUUCAUCCUGGACCCUGAACUUGUUGUCAUGACAACUGUAGGCACCUCCCCCUCAGCCAUGGCCGACCUGGUUAACCCCGCCCCUAGCCCAGUAAACAGCAGGGACAACACUUCUAGUCAGAGCUCCACUGAUGCUUUAGUCUACACUGCUGCUUCCUCCUCCGACUCACCUUCAUCCUCUGUUCCCAGUUCUUCCCCAAGGCAGCACAUGAACAGUGACAGCACAGAAGCAGAAGUUUUGACGCACAACAAAGAACCUGUGACCAGCAAACUCAGCCGAGCGGGCUGUAUCCAUCGUUCCAACACAACAGCUGCGGAUACCAACCAAAGGCAAAAAUGGGAAAAGAGCCAAAAGAUGAGCGAAACAGAAAAGGAGAGAGAAAAAGAAAUGUUAAUGGAUUGUGUGAAGAACAAGGACUUGAAGAAGCUGCAGGAGCUGCACCUGAGGGGAGCCGACCUCACGGUCCUGGACCAGUCAGGGUGGAGCUUGCUACACCAUGCUGUUAGUACAGGAAGCAAGGACAUGGUGCGCUACAUCCUUGACAAUGCACCGAGUGAGCUGAUUGAUGUCACUGAAAAACUACAUGGGGAAACGGUUCUUCAUCAGGCUGCGUCGCUGUGUCACAGGACUAUCUGUCAUUAUCUGGUGGAAGCAGGAGCCUCACUCAUGAAAACAGACCUGCUGGGUGAUACUCCUAAGAACAGGGCGGAGAAGGCUGAAGAUGCUGAACUGGCAGCGUACCUGGAGAACAGACAGCAUUACCAGAUGAUACAGAGAGAGGAUCAGGAGACGGCUGUCUGAAAUAUUUGAACUCUCCUUGAACUGGACAUGGAUGAAGGUUUUGUCUCCUUCCUCAUAUUGACCAGACACAACGUGUUUAAUGCCUUUGUGCGAGCUGAACUGGACACAGGUCCCAGUUUACUGCUGACAGCCCUCAAAAACAGGUGGAGAGUGAAGCUGUGCCAAACGUGGUUUAAAUAGCAGGGCUGGCGUUAACUGCGGUGAAGCGACGCACAUUUUCAGAAGUUUAUUAAGUCGUUUUGAUAUUUUGAUGUUAAAUAGCUUAGUAAGAAUAAUAAUAUUGAUUUAGAAAUUUUGUGAAAUUCUCUGACUUGGAACAUCGGUUUGGGGGAUUGCGGGGUGGGUGGGGCUUUGAAGAGUCAUGUUCAUAUGGUAAUGAUUUACUUUAUUUCUUGUGAUUAUUAAAUACACAACAAACACAAAACCUAAAACUGUCAGAAACUACAGACACUGCAUGUGUAUAGAUCACACAGGAUGCAGACUGAUGAUUAAAAAGUUAAAUGUCCUGCUGACGCGUUCAAGGCCAAAGUUCUUUGUAGUAAAAUACACAUGUGACUAAUAAACAUCCGAAUCACUAGCUGGAUAAAAACCACACACACUUCGUAGACGCAUAUUGUAACCUGAUGUUAACAGGAUACAAAGCAUGAAGAAAUUAAACAUUUUCCAGUGUCGAAUUCUUUCAUUUUCUUUUAAUUCAUUUGAAUUUGAAUAUUGAAGGACACAGAAAACUUUUACAUCUACCAAAUUCACGAAUGUGUGUUAGGACGACACGUUCAACAUGUCCAACAUCCUCCGCUUUAACAUUUAUUGAAUGUCCAACAAGGACACUGAGAGCAGAGCAGCCUCGGCCUCGCAGGGCUGGAUACUGGUGAAAAGAAGAGUUGGUCAAAACCACAAGUGUUCAUCCUCUUGGGACCAUGAAUACCUCCAGUUCAUUUUAUCAAGGUUAUUGGCGUCAUCAGUAUAAAUGCUGUUAGAUUAAUACUUGAACUAAGCCUUAAAAUAUUUUCCAGUUCUGUGCUUUUGUUUCAUAAAUGAUGGUGAUGUGUUCAUUUAUAGCCACAAAACUCAAACUGGUGGCACCACCCUCGUGAUUCCUCUUGAAUAAUUUCAGCACAAAUAACCACACGUAUUGAAUGGACGUAACAGUGGAUUGGCAGACGCAUGCUGCUGCUGCAGUAGGUGGCACAGGAAGUGCUGUGCGUGUCGCAGACGUCAGUACCCCAACAGAACCUGCAGGAAACCACCAAUGAGUCGAGGCUUUACUGGAGACGCAGUCCUUUCCCGGUUUAACGCGCAGAACUGAUGUGUGUUGUUUGCGCAUUGUCACCACUGCUGUGAUCGUGGUUUGGUAGAACACACAACACUGACUGUUAUUAUAAGACCUGGAUCAUAAGGCCCUCAAUAUUUAACACAUCUAGAAUUAAAGCCUUCACGUCUUUGAUCAUUCCUGUUAAUAAAGUUGAUUCACCGCAAGCAUGUCUGCCAAAACCAUUGACUGAAAAAGCUGUGAUUAGAGUGGUUUUUCAUUCAGUGACUGUGGGGGAGGUGUUAUAUUAAAGUAUAAUAAUGUCAAAUUAGAUCAAAUCGAUUUAAGUUAAACAAAUCUAAUUAGAUAUAACAGAUGGAGCAAUUAAGAAAUAUAUUUUGGAAUAUUUACAUCAGUAACAUUGAUUUCAUCAGCGGUUUGCGACUGCAAAUGAAGACGUAGCUCAUCGAGAGCUUCCUUAGUUUCAUCUUUAUUAUUGUUUCUGUGUAUUUUAAAGUGCAGUAACUAUUAGGCCGUCCCCUAACAAAGAAAAGGUGUUGUUUUUAAACAUGUUUUAAAUGAGUAAUUACACGUUGGCACAGUGAUGACAUUUGUAUGAAAUAGUUUAAAUCGCAAUUAUCAACAAUUAUGUGUUUUUAUCUUUCAUUAUCUCCGCAUGUACUAAUUGGUUUUAACUCCAGUUUGUUUUUGAGAGGAAUGUAAAGAUAAUAAAACAAAGAGGUAGUUUGUUUUUUUCAUGGUGUCUUUUGCUUUUUAUGCAUGUAAAAGUACACCCAAAAAGCCAUUAAAGUUUUUCAAUUUC